AUGCCGUACACAGAUGUUGAAAAAACAGAAAUGUUGAUUUCUGAAAUCAAAAAACGCACUGUUUUGUGGAACAACAAAAAUAAGAAAUAUAGAGAUAGGCUCAUAACAGGCAAGGCAUGGGCAGAAGUGUCAAAAGUCACAGGAAUAACUGGCAAUGAAGCAAAAAAAAGAUGGAGAAACUUAAGAGAUCACUACAAAAAAGAACUUAAAAAAGUAAAAAAACCAAAAUCAGGAUCGUCACAAGAUGGCCUAGAAAAAUAUCACGGGAAAUGGUCGUAUUUUGUGUCCAUGCAAUUUUUGAAAGACGUCGAGACUCCUAGAAAUACCUCGGGUACAUAUUCCGAAGAUUGUGACGAGGAUACUGAGUUAGGACAUUCAGACGAACAAAAAUCAGAUUCAAACGAAGAUCAAGAAAAUGAGGACAAUCUCGACAAGGAAACGACACAUAGUUUUGACGUUAUGGAUCCAUUAUUACCUCAGACUGAAGCACAGACUAACUUAACACAAUCGGGAAGAAAUUCGCCAUCAAAGAAUGCAGUAAAAGAUGAUGAUGACAUGCAUUUUUUAAAAUCCAUUCACCCUUAUUUCGGUAACAUGACUCCACUACAAAAAUUGAGAUUAAGGACACAAAUCCAAGAAGUGAUUAUGAGAGAAUUAUCUACACCAUCAUCUCAACGACUCAACCUAUGA